GGAGGUGGAGAAAGAAGGGCCCAACUGUAGGAGGGCAACAGAGCAUUACCUCAUCCCGUGAGCCUCCGCGGGUCCGGAGAAGAAUCUUCUAGGGUGGGGUCUCCAUGGCGACGGGCGGGCCCGCCCCCUUGAGAACGACGCGAGCCAAUGCGAAGGCCUUGGGGUGACAUCAUGGGCUAUUUUUAGGGGUUGACUGGUAGCAGAUAAGUGUUGAGCUCGGGCUGGAUAAGGGCUCAGAGUUGCACUGAGUGUGGCUGAAGCAGCGAGGCGCGAGUGGAGGUGCGCGGACUCAGGGAGACAGACAGACACGGUCAGGACGACAGUAGAGUCCGAACUGCAGAUCUCAUUUUCUUUUCUAUUUUCUCACCGACUGCCCAGAGCUGGUGCCUGUGGCUCCUGGGCUGGUGUUUUGGGGAGCGUCCGAAGAGCCCCUUCUCCAGCCGCCCCCAGGAGGAGCGCGCCGCUGCCCGGGCACUGCUGACAGCGCGGAGAUCGGCGACUGUCGCCCGGGUAAGUCCGGCGAGCCGCUGCAACGGCAAAGAACUUUCCUGGCGCGGAGGACAGGGGACAAGUGGCCCCUGGGUCCCGGAGCGAACUUUUGCAAAGCUUUUCUCCGCCCGAAGCUGCCGCGGCGGCGAUAAAGAAAAGCAGACGGCGAAGAGAAGAAAACGAGGAGGGACGAACGCUCAGCUCCUUUCGCACGGGUUGCUGAACUUGGGGGAGCGCGAGCCACGGCCGCCGGGCGCUCCCUCCCUCUCGCAGCGGAGGAGGGGACAGUCGUCGGAGUCCGGGCGGCGGAGAGUCGCCGCCGGCCGGCUCACUGCGGGGUCCGCGCUGAGCGCCUCCUCCGGGACACGCACUGUCGCCGGGAAGUGAGUUCGUUCCUGGGCUCCGAGAAGCCACUGCGCGGAGGAGCGCUCAGUGAGUGACCGCGACUUUUCAAAGCCGGCAGCGCGCGCGAGCGGACUAGUAAGAGUGCAGGCGGCGUCUUAACCCUGAGUUCCCUGGAGCCAACUGGCGAGGAGGGCGCAGAGGGGAGGACAGCCAGCGGGUGCGCGCGCUCUUAGAGAAACUUUCCUUGCCAAAGGCCCCGGGGGGCACGGGUGUCCCCCGCUUGCUAGCGCGCUGUUGCGGCCCAGAAACUUCUGCGCGCAGCCCAAACUAACCCCACGUGAAGUGACGGACUGUUCUAUGACUGCAAAGAUGGAAACGACCUUCUACGACGAUGCCCUCAACGCCUCGUUCCUCCAGUCCGAGAGCGGCGCCUAUGGCUACAGUAACCCCAAGAUCCUGAAACAGAGCAUGACUCUGAACCUGGCUGAUCCGGUGGGCAGCCUGAAGCCGCACCUCCGGGCCAAGAACUCGGACCUCCUCACCUCGCCCGACGUGGGGCUGCUCAAACUGGCGUCUCCCGAGCUGGAGCGCCUGAUAAUCCAGUCCAGCAACGGGCACAUCACCACCACGCCGACCCCCACCCAGUUCCUGUGCCCCAAGAACGUGACGGACGAGCAGGAGGGCUUUGCCGAGGGCUUCGUGCGCGCCCUGGCCGAACUGCACAGCCAAAACACGCUGCCCAGUGUCACGUCCGCGGCGCAGCCGGUCAGCGGUGCAGGCAUGGUGGCUCCGGCGGUGGCUUCGGUGGCGGGCGGCAGCGGCAGCGGCGGCUUCAGCGCCAGCCUGCACAGCGAGCCGCCGGUCUAUGCCAACCUCAGCAACUUCAACCCGGGUGCGCUGAGCAGCGGCGGCGGGGCGCCCUCCUACGGCGCGGCCGGCCUGGCGUUUCCCGCGCAGCCCCAGCAGCAGCAGCCACCGCAGCCGCCGCACCACCUGCCCCAGCAGAUCCCGGUGCAGCACCCGCGGCUGCAGGCCCUGAAGGAGGAGCCGCAGACGGUGCCCGAAAUGCCCGGGGAAACACCGCCCCUGUCCCCCAUCGACAUGGAGUCCCAGGAGCGGAUCAAGGCGGAGAGGAAGCGCAUGAGGAACCGCAUCGCUGCCUCCAAGUGCCGGAAAAGGAAGCUGGAGAGAAUCGCCCGGCUGGAGGAAAAAGUGAAAACCUUGAAAGCUCAGAACUCAGAGCUGGCGUCUACAGCCAACAUGCUCAGGGAACAGGUGGCACAGCUUAAACAGAAAGUCAUGAACCACGUUAAUAGUGGGUGCCAACUCAUGCUAACGCAGCAGUUGCAAACAUUUUGAGGAGAGACUGUAGGGGGCUGAGGGGCAACGGAGAAAAAAAAUUACAGAGACUGACUUGAGAACUUGACAAGUUGCGAGAGAGAGAGAAAAGAAGUGUCCGAGGACUAAAGCCAAGGGUAUCCAAGUUAGACUGGGUUGCGUCCUGACGGCGCCCCCAGUGUGCACGAGUGGGAAGGACUUGGCGCGCCCUCCCUUGGCGUGGAGCCAGGGAGCUGCCGCCUGCGGGCUGCCCCGCUUUGCGGACUGGCUGUCCCAGCGCAAACUUAACGUUAGACUUUUCUUUAACAUUGACCAAGAACUGCAUGGACCUAACAUUCGAUCUCAUUCAGUAUUAAAAGGGGGGAGGGGGAGGGGUUACAAACUGCAAUAGAGACUGUAGAUUGCUUCUGUAGUACUCCUUAAGAAUACAAAGGGGGGGAGGGGGGAGGGAGGGGAGGCGGGAGGGAGGUUUGUGAGAGUGAGGCUGAGCCUACAGAUGAACUCUUUCUGGCCUGCCUUCCUUAACUGUAUGUACAUAUAUAUAUUUUUUAAUUUGAUGAAAGCUGAUUACUGUCAAUAAACAGCUUCAUGUCUUUGUAAGUUAUUUCAUGUUUGUUUGUUUGGGCGUCCUGCCCGGUGUUGUUUGUAAAUAAGAGAUUUGGAGCACUCUGAGUUUACCAUUUGUAAUAAAGUAUAUAAUUUUUUUA